AUGCCUCAAGCUGAUUGUCUGCAACAACGAGCUCCCUGGAGGGGACUCGUGAAUGCCUUGGACGGCAAGUUCAUCCCGCCUGGGCCAGGAGCGGCGACCCGAUUCGGAACCCUGACGUGCUCCCGACCGGCAAGAACAUGCACGCCCUCGACCCCCAGUCCAUCCCCACCAAGGCCGCGGUCGACACGGGCCUCGUCGUCGUCGACAGGCUGCUGGAGAGCCUGCAGAAGCAGAACGGCGAGUACCCAGAGUCGAUCGCGUUCACUCUGUGGGGCACCGACAAUAUCAAGACCUACGGCGAGAGCCUGGCACAGGUGCUCGCUCUCGUCGGGACCAGGCCCGUGCCGGACAGCCUGGGACGGGUCAACAGGGUGGAGCUCAUCCCGCUCGAGGAGCCUCGGGCGCCCGCGCAUUGACGUGGUGUGCAACUGCUCCGGGGUUUUCCGCGACCUUUUCAUCAACCAGAUGAACUUGCUCGACCGGGCCAUCAAGCUCGCGGCGGAGGCGGACGAGCCCGUCGAGCAGAAUUUUGUUCGAAAGCACUCGUUGGAGCAGGCGAAGGAGUUGAACAUCUCCCUGCGGCAGGCUGCCACGCGCGUGUUCUCCAACGCGGCCGGGUCGUACUCCGCCAACGUUGGCAUUGCUAUUGAGAACGGCGGCAACAUCGACGAGGACUUGCAGCUGCAGGAGCAGUUCCUGACAAGGAAAGGGUUCGCCCUGAGCUCCGACGCCCCUGGCGAGCUGACGGAGUCCACGGACCUCUUCAAGUCCGCAUUGAGCAAGGUCGACGUGACGUUCCAGAAUCUGGACAGCAGCGAGAUCUCCCUUACGGAUGUAUCCCACUACUUCGACAACGACCCCACAAAGGUCGUCGGGAGCUUGCGCAAGGAUGGCAAGAAGCCCGGGGCCUUCAUCGCCGACACCACUACGGCGAACGCGCAGGUGCGCUCGCUGUCGGCCCAGGUCAGGCUUGACUCCCGGACAAAGCUGCUCAAUCCCAAAUUCUACGAGGCCGCGCUGAAGGGCGGCUACGAGGGCGUGAGAGAGAUCACGAAGCGCAUGCGCUAUACCUUCGGCUGGAGCACGACGGCUGGGGCGGUGGACAACUUCGUAUAUGAGGACUCGAACGAGACGUACAUCGCCGACGAGGAGACAUCAGGAACAGGAUGA